CUGAUGAUCUCUAAGCUAAUCAACUAGCUAGCUAGCUAGUCCCACACCCAAUUGAGCAUAUAUUAUGCACAAUGGACUCUGAGAAUAUUCAAUCGUUGUCUUCCUUGUCAUCAUCAUCUUCUUCCUCCUCAUGCCAGCUUUCUCCAUCCAGCGCAUGGCAGAACCUUAACCCUCCAUUAAUAUCCCAAGCUCCAUGCAUAUCAUCACAGAAGCGAAUUAAAGCCGGGAGAAAGAAGUUCAAAGUGACGCGCCACCCAAUAUACAGGGGUGUUCGGCAAAGAAACGGCAAAAAUUGGGUUUCUGAAAUACGUGAACCGAAAAAUAAAUCGAGAAUAUGGCUGGGGACUUACGCUGCCCCAGAAAUGGCAGCUAGGGCAUAUGAUGCGGCUGCCUUACAAAUUCGGGGAACUAUGGCUGUGCUCAAUUUUCCUGACUCAGCUUGCCUUGUUCCACGAGCUAGGUCAUCUUCUUCUAGGGAUAUACAGGAGGCAGCUUUCAUGGCUGCGGAGGCUUUUAGGCCUGGCGCUGUAUCGUCUUCCUCCUGCUCCUCCAGUAGUACUACUCUUCUACCCAAUAAGACCCAAGAUAAGGUUUUGGAAACUUCCAAGCAGGGAGAGAACAAAGAUCAGAAGGUAUUAGAACAUUUGUCACUAGAAAUUGUCUCUGCUAAUAAGAGCUCCUCUGAUGAUGAUGAUGAUGAUGAAGAAGUUCCAAACCAGGAUAGUACGUUUUUCUUUGACGAGGAAGCAUUGUUCAAUAUGCCAGGUUUGCUGAACAGCAUGGCGGAGGGCUUGAUUCUUACACCACCAGCUAUAGGUGGAGGAUUUGAUUGUGAUCAUGACUUUACAUGUGACAUGGAUUUGACUUUAUGGAGCGAUUGAUUAUAUCAAAUUAGGUCAUGUUGGGGGAAGAAGAUUGUAAAGGCAAAAAUUGGCUAGGAUUAGAUAACUAAAUGAUAAGGUUUAUCUUAUCAUUAUUUGAUUAAAUUUGAAUGAAUGAUAACGUUUAUCUUAUCAUUAUUUGAUUAAACUUGGAUGAAUGUAAAAUAAGUAUUGAUUUGUAUCUAAAUAAUAUUGAGUCUAUCUAGAAGUCUUAGGUGUUGUUUAGAUAAAGUCUUUGAAGUUAAAAUCGAAUUCUGGAAUAUUGGUAUUUAUCAAGAAGAAAGCUGA